CGAAACUUUCAGCAAAUGACUCCCAAGUCCAAACAAAAAUUUUCUCUCAGUGCAUCCUUUUUCCGUUUUCCCCAAUCUAUUGAGUCAUUGACCAUAAUUUCUUGCACGAAACGAAAGUCGUGACUCCCCGCGGAUUUAAUUGAACAUCAACACAUAAAGUCAGUUUGACAAAUUGGCAUAUUUGUAUAGGAAAUUUCUGGUUCACCAUUGAAAUGUAGAAGCUUGAGCCAAUCAAUUAUCGACAUCAACUCUCUCUUUCUAUGACCUGUCGCAGUAUGCUUCAAAGUCUAAGCCUGGUGCAUUCAAUAUUCUUUUAAGCUAUUGUAAGUGCUCGAUUCCUGCAAAUGACAGAAACAAAAAAAUGGGGUUACUUUCUCUCAAAAACAUCUUUGAUCACGACCAUCAUUCUAUUUUCCUUCUCUCAGUCUUCCACAGCCCUUGACUCCAUUUCUGGAACCCAGACCAUCAUUGACACCAAAAACAGCACCUUGGUUUCCAAAUAUGGAAAAUUCGAACUGGGUUUCUUCAGUCCAGGUAGUUCCACAAAGAGGUAUGUCGGAAUUUGGUACAAGGAUAUUCCAGUUCAUACUGUUGUUUGGGUGGCUAACCGGCAGAAUCCAAUCAACGACUCUUCGGGGACUUUGAUGAUUAACAGGACGGGCCAUCUUGUCCUUCUCGGGCAGAAUAGUAGUGUUGUCUGGUCGGCAAAGCAAACUAGAUCUGUCCAGGCUCCAGUAUUACAGCUUUUGGAUAGUGGAAAUCUAAUAGUAAGAGAUGAGAAAGAUGAUGAGAAUUCAGAAGAGAGCUAUCUGUGGCAGAGUUUUGAUUAUCCUACUGAUACUUUAUUACCAGGUAUGAAGCUUGGAUGGGACUUGAGGACUGGUCUCGAACGCAAAAUAUUGUCAUGGAAGAGCGUAGAUGAUCCUUCUCCUGGAGAUUUCUCUUGGGAGAUAACGCUUUAUGACUACCCUGAUUCUAUCAUGUGGGUAGAUUCGGAAAAGUACUAUCGGAACGGUCCAUGGAAUGGUCUUCGAUUCAGUGGAGCGCCGGAGUUGAAACCCAACGACUUAUACAGCUAUCAAUAUAUUGCCAACAAAGAUGAAGUCUACUACAUCUUUCAUCUCAGAAAUGAAUCUGUGAAAUCAAGGAUCGUUGCCAACCAGACCAAUGGAUAUAUCCGGGAACGGCAUGCUUGGAAUUCUAUCACGAAAAGUUGGUAUGUGUUUCAAUCGAUCCCAAGAGAUACAUGUGACAAGUUUGCUGUUUGUGGUGCCUAUGGGAACUGUAUCCUCUGGGAAGUCCCUGUCUGCCAAUGUUUAAAGGGUUUCAGGAGGAAAGGAAACUCGAAUGACUGGUCUCAAGGAUGUGAAAGGAAUAAACCUUUCGAUUGCAAUAACAAAGAUUCAUCUGGGUUUGUCAAAUUCCGCGGCUUGAAAUUGCCAGAUACCGCACAUACUUGGGUGAAUCAAAGUUUGAGUCUCAAGGAAUGCGAGGCAAAGUGCUUGAGCAAUUGUUCUUGUACUGCUUAUACAAAUUCUGACAUUAGAGGAAAAGGAAGUGGAUGUGUUAUGUGGUUUGGGGACUUGCUUGAUGUUAGAGAGUUUGAAGAAGGUGGGCAAGAUCUAUAUAUUCGAAUGCACUCUUCAGAGUUAGGUGGAAAUAAUGGGCGCAAAGUGAAAAUAGCUGUGAUAGUUUUGGCCGUCUUUGCUGUGGUCUGUGGGUUGUUCUGUCUUGCUUGUUACGUCCGCAAAGUCAAAGCGAGGAAAAUGUUACAAGACAAUGCAGGGCCUAGUCCAAUAAUAAACAAUUACAGCAAUGAAAACCAUGCAGAAAACCUGGAUGUGCUAUCCUUCGACAUAGAUAAGAUUAUCAAGGCCACUGGCAACUUCUCAAACGACAAUAAGCUCGGGGAAGGCGGUUUCGGACCUGUUUACAAGGGAACACUAGAAGAUGGGCAAGAAAUCGCUGUAAAGAGGCUUUCUAGGACUUCAGGACAAGGACUGAACGAAUUAAAAAAUGAAAUUAUUCUGAUUGCAAAACUACAACACCGUAAUCUAGUAAAGCUUCUUGGUUGUUGCUUUCAAGGGGAAGAAAAAAUUCUGAUUUAUGAAUACAUGCCCAACAGAAGCUUGGACGGCUUCAUUUUUGAUCAAACAAAACGUCAACUGUUAGAUUGGUCCAAGCGCUUCCAAAUUGUCUGUGGAAUUGCUAGGGGGCUUUUAUAUCUCCAUCAAGAUUCAAGAUUGAGGAUUAUACAUAGAGAUCUCAAAGCAAGUAAUGUUUUACUCGAUAACGAUUUGAAUCCAAAGAUUUCAGACUUUGGUAUGGCUAGAUGUUUUGGUGGAGAUGAAAGUGAAGCAAAUACAAGAAGAGUGGUUGGAACAUAUGGUUACAUGGCACCCGAGUAUGCCAUAGAUGGGUUAUUCUCAGUGAAAUCCGAUGUCUUUAGCUAUGGUAUUUUACUGUUGGAGAUUAUAAGUGGAAAAAGAAAUAGAGGGUUCUAUCACCUAAACCACACUCUUAACCUUAUUGGAUAUGCAUGGAAAUUAUGGAAAGAAGGCCAACCAUUGGAAAUCAUUGACCCAUUGCUUAAGGAGUCGAGCGAGCUUUCCCUGGUACUGCGCUGCAUUCAUAUUGGCCUGUUGUGUGUACAAGAGCACCCUGAAGACAGGCCAAAAAUGUCACAUGUGGUUGUUAUGUUGGACAGUGAUAGUGCCUUGCCUCAGCCCAAACAACCUGGUUUCGCAAUUAAUAAAGAAGCUGUUUCAGAUUCUUCAUCGAGCAAGAACGAAAACUCUGCCACCAAUGAAAUUACUGUAACUCUUUUAGCGCCUCGAUAGAGUAUUGUAAUUACAAGUUUUACCAGACUCAAAAAACUUUUUUGGUCAUUAAUAAAUUUUGUUGUUUUAUA